GACCACCAAGAGUUUUUCUGAUUCGGAAUCAGAAUUAGAGUAACCCUUUUUCACAUUUUCGGACUUCAAGGAUGCUGUUAUUGUGGCACGAGGCGCUGGGCUCGGAUGACGAGCAGGCAGCGGACGACGAGGUCUACGCACGCGUGUUAUAUUCCCAGGAGGACUGUGAGGAUGACGCGCGGCUGUUGCAGAGUCUCCACCUGGUGCAGGGACUGCUUACGUUCGUACGGAUGCUGCGACGCAGAGGCGAGGAUGUGAAGACGGAGACGACAGAGUGGACGCCCGAGUGGACGAGUGUGACGCUGUCCAGGAGAAGAUUCUUUAUCCUGAAGGUGGAGCCGCAGAUCUUCAUGGCGCUGGUACGAGGGUGACCGGCAAUCAGUCAAAGUGGAUCGUGGUGGGAAGCGUUAACUGUUUGGUGGCUUGCUCUGUGUCGUUGCUGCUGUAGGGCGUGCAACCGACAGUAGAGAUUGUACGAUAUUGCCAUGGAUUUUAGCCUUUUGCCGUGUCAUUUUGCUAAUGCUGUAGACACGAUGUGGUAGAGUGACCACAGGAGUGGUUACGAGGCCCUACUUCGAGAGAUGUACGACAUGUUCCGACUGUUUCAUGGGAGUAUUGACAGGUGAGUUAUCUGCAGUUGAUUCAAAACGCUAUUGGCAUGCAAGCUUCAUGGUUGUUGUGGUUGCUUUACAUGUAGCAACUUACGCUUGUUACCAUCUGGCAUUGACGAGACGACUUCGGGGCAGACGACGAAGUACGCUGAUGGAAUGGAUCUCUUGAUGGACAUCGCUGCGGCGCGUAAACGACUGCGGAAGUUUCGGAUUGCGAUCGAUACGCAUACCCAGUCUGUGGAUGAAGACCAACAGCACGAUGAUAACAUGAUGAUGGAGCUACAGGAGAGCAGGUUAGCAGUGGAAGCAGCGCUAGAGACUCUGGUAUCACAGUCUCCAGCGUUAUUACUGCAGAGAAAAUGUGCCAGGUUUUUCCCCACAUUACUACAAGCUUUGGAUGUUCGCGGAUCGAGUGGGCUCUCGGAGCUGCAAGGUCUCGGGUACUUCCCAAUGGACCAGCCCACAUUCUUAGCUUUGCAAACGUUUAUAAAUGGUUUCCACACCGAAAUGAAGUUCUCCAACGAAAGUACUGGAGCAGAACAAGUGGAGAGCUCUGCGUUAUUCUUCAAGGGGAAUUUAUUGUGGAGUUCUAUGGAAACGGCUACGAUGCAGUUGCUGUAUAAAUUCCUUCAACUGCGCGAAGAGCGUGGCAUGACUAUGAUCCGAGGCGACGGAACAGAGCGAGAUGAAUCGUAUCCUGGUCUGAGAGGAACAAAUAGUAUCGACGCUGAGCUGUGGAUGGCCAAUGCAUACGAUGAUACAUUUCUUCCUGUUUGGUCCAGCAAGCUUUCCUACGCAGAAUGCGAUGCCGUAUUCCAAACAGAAAAUGGACCCCCUCAUCUGCGCAAGGCUGCCCGAUCAUUGCACAAGCAGCAUCCCGUCUCACUCUCAACAUUCCUGUCAGAAGCACAGCCUUCUUCUGGGAGUGGCAAUCUGCUGACCCCUUCCUCGACACCACGUGCUGGUGUGGCGGGGGAGUCAUCACCGUUUGGCUCUCCUUCACAUUCUCCUGCUUCAGCGACUCGAUUUGGUGGGCCUCGGAGCAAUGGAGCAAGUCCUGCUACUUCCAAGAGCGCGAUGAAAGCACGGGCUCGGUCUAUUUCGUAUCGUAAUGCUGGUCUAUUGCUGAAAGAUGGCCACUUUUCCAAAUUUCUUCAUGCAAACCCAGAAACUGCAUCUGAAAAUGCUUCAAGUGAAACAGAAGCGGUAUGGAGUCCACACAUCUUCCGUUUGGGUGAAGCUUCCCCUGCUUUAACGACCUCAACGACCACAGAGACAAUGGCAAGACAUCGAGUAGUGGUGUGGCAUGAAGCAGAUCUCACGAUGGUUAUCUUACUUCGUCUCAAUGGAUUGGAAGUGGAGGCAUCCAACGCGAAACCAGGCGGAUUGAAUACCACCACACUCGAGCACUUGAAAGGCUAUCUCGAAAGACAGCGGCGGUUCCAGACCCUGGCAGAACUCAUCCUUGCGCGCUACAAAGCCACAUUCGCUCCUGAGAAAAGCGCCCCGAGUCUUCAUCCGCUUCCUCCGUUCCUGUACAUUAACCGUGUCAACCUUGCGUUCCGGAUGCAAUACGUGCCACGACUUCUGAAGAGCAAGGAGGACGACUUGUUCCCGAUUCCUGUCAAGUUGCUGGCACAUUAUUUUCCGUCAUCUAUGCUGACGCUAGUCAAUGACCUUCACGCGGAGCUGCACAAGUCUGCAAGUGCUGGCAAUCGCGAGAUCUGCGUUCGCACUCGACAUGCCGGCUGGGUGCUCGCCAAGAAGUCGGAGACGUCGCACCGUGAGUUGUAUGUCUUCUUCGACAGCAAGAUCUCGUCAGUCUACGAUCUCUCAGAUUCGCUUCAGAUGCUACUGCACGACCAGUUCGGAAAUGUCUUGUUCUAGUUGUGUGCCAAGCACUUCAAUGUACACCACUUCAACUUUGUAUUAUGUGUACCACA